CAGGCGCAUGGCGGCGGGCAGCGCCGCGGACAGCCAGGCUGGGGCCAUCCGGGACGCGCGCGGUGAUGACGCAACGACGGUGCGACGACGGAGGGAAAGGCCCCCGCGCGGAGUGCCCGCCCCCCUCGGCGGACCAACCAAUGGGAGCGCGGAGCAGGAGGGGCGGCCGCGGACCCGGAGCCGCCAUGAUGGCGCCGGCGCGAUGGUGGAGCUGCGGGGUUCCGUGCGGCGAAAGCGGUGCUCCGCCACCCCACAUCCCCGCCGCCGCCUGCCCCGUGCCUCGGGGAUGCCGGACGGUCAGGGGAGGGCGGCGCAGGGGCACCGCCGUCGGCCCCGUCCGUCCCCCAUCAGAAUCCAGUCUGUCCUCCGGAGAGGGAACUGAGCCGUCCUCCGUCAUUGCAGUGGGGCACUGCUGGGCUGUGAGAAGCGGCGGCUGACCACAAGCAGCGGGACCCGCCCGGCCUCCGGGAGCAGCUCCUGGCUGAGCCGAGCAGCCCCGAAAGAGAGGGACUGAUCCCGCGGGUCGAGACGUGUUCAAGCCUGGCAGAGAGUCAGGCGGGCGCCUUCGGUUCUUGCUUGGCUCAAAUCGGCAGCAGCGCGUGCUGAGCUCCUGCCCCGCAGGUGGAGUCCCCAACUCCCGUUUUCCUUAUCCCGGUCUGUCCCCGUGCGGAGCUCCCGGAGCUGCGUGAAGCCGACACGGAGCCGCUUCGUGUUGGCCCCGAGGAGGGGAGCUGUGAGGGGGGAGCGAUUGUUAGGAUGGAAACUGGUUGGGAAUAUGGACAUUUCUCUGCUUAUUGCUCUUUAUGUGAAAUGAUUAAAUGUUGAGCAUUCGUUUUUCUACA